UCCGCCUCUUCCUCUUCCUCUGACUGUAAAGUGAAGGUAAACUUUCCGAAAAUCAGCUGCCCUCACUCAGCCCAGUGACAGCUUCUUCUUCAGCGAAGUGUCUGCAUGUGUGCCCGCCUGCCUUCCUCUUUCCCAGCCGACAAACACUACGUACAGUAAAAAGGAUUUUACAUCAGGAUCAUGGCACCAAAGAGAAAAGCUGCUACUGCUGCUAAGAGAGGUGGCAAGAAGGCAAAGGAGGAAACACCAAAGCCCAAAGAUGCCUUCACUUCAGCUAAAGAGGCUCUUCUGGCUGCAGGGCCACAGGUGAAAACUACGAGAAGGGUGGACGAGCACUGCCCUCUGUCAUCAUCAGGAGAGGUGUAUGAGGACUAUGACUGUAUGCUCAACCAGACAAACAUCGGACACAACAAUAAUAAGUUUUAUGUCAUUCAAAUUGUCAAAGCACAAAACAAAUACCAUUCAUGGAACAGGUGGGGUAGAGUGGGCGAAGUUGGGCAAAGCAAACUGAACAUGUUUAUUAAUCCUGAGGAUGCUGUGAAGGACUUUGAAAAAAAGUUUAAGGAUAAGACAAAGAACAACUGGAGCGAUCGGUCUAAUUUUGUGUCUCACCAAGGGAAGUACACCCUGAUAGAAGUGGAUGGAGAAGAGGAUGCUGAGGUCAAGGUUGACAGUGUGGAUGGAAAGCCUGUCAAAGUCAAUAAAAAUGUCCUUCCCUGCAUACUUGACAGUGCUACAAAGAGCCUCAUUGAGCUCAUUUUCAGCAACGACAUGUUCAAGGAGGCAAUGGAGUGUAUGAACUUAGACAUAAAGAAGAUGCCUCUGGGUAAGCUCAGUAAGCUGCAGAUUGCAAAGGGCUUUGAAGUGUUGGAGGAGAUCGAAGCAGCAAUGAACCGAAAAAGCAAAAGCGAAGUUCUGGAAGAACUUUCCUCAAAGUUCUUCACCAUUGUUCCUCACAACUUUGGCCGCAACAGACCUCCGACCAUUAACGACAGUGAGGUUGUGGGGAAGAAGAAAGAGAUGCUCAUGGUGUUGGCUGACAUCGAGCUAGCCCAGACUCUGAAGUCGGAGACUGAAAAGGCUCAGGAAGAGAUUGAGACAGUUCCUCACCCUCUGGACCAGGACUACAAUUCUCUUAAAUGUGAUCUCACUCUGAUGGACAAGAAGUCAGAAACAUACAAGAUCAUAGAAAAAUACCUGAAAGUGACUUCAGAUGGCUAUUGCAAACCAAAGAUUAUCAACGUCUGGGAAGUCGAUCGAGAAAAAGAGGGAGAGCGGUUUGAGGAACACGAUACUCUGGAGAAUCGCCGUCUGCUGUGGCACGGCACAAACAUAGCUGUUGUGGCGGCGAUCCUUAAAAGCGGUCUGAGGAUAAUGCCCCAUUCAGGAGGACGUGUUGGCAGCGGUAUCUAUUUUGCAUCAGAAAACAGCAAGUCAGCAGGUUAUGUGAGAUGCUCUAAGAACACUGGAGUCAUGUUUUUGAGUGAGGUAGCCCUCGGCAAAGAAUCUACCAUCACCAGAGACAACUGUUCUCUGAAAAAGGCUCCCAUGGGCUAUGACAGCGUGGUGGCACGAGGAACUGUGGAACCAGAUCCAUCUAUGGAUGUGUUCAUCACAUUGGAUGAUAAGACAGUUGCUGUGCCUCAAGGAAAGCCCAUAGAUCAGCCCCAGUUCUCAGACAGCUACUUCGGCAACAGUGAAUAUCUCAUCUACAAAGAGAGCCAGUGUCGCCUUCGCUACCUGCUGGAGCUCAACAUGCGCUAAUUCAGCUUGAGGAAAGAAGCAGACCCCUUUGAAAGAAGUUUAUUGAUUCCUUCGAUAUAACCGGCUUCCUUAAAAGCUUAGCUAUGUUCAUACUAACAUGGUUGUGGUCUUUAUUAUAACAUUGCACUGAUGUUUCAACCAUUAUGCAUUAAUGCCUUGUACUUCUCUGUGCCUUAUCUUUUGAACACUUUAAAACCGGCCUGCCUCUGACAGACGGCACUUAGUAAUAAUACUUCAAAGAAUUACUCUAUUUGUCUUUCCUGCAAUAUGAAGACUUUUUACUUCUUACUUGGUCUUGAAAAUGCUUCUAGAUGAUUACGACCUUUUUUUCCUGCAUUGCUUGCUGCUUUUUUUUUUUAAUAUGUAUUUUGCGUCUGCAUUCAGGUUUAAAUAUAUCAGCAUCUAGAUGUUGUUUUUUUUAAUCCAAGUGGCACGCUUAUAAAAACACGUCUCUCAGAAGAAAAGUUCACAAAGGAAAAAAGUCCAGUGCACCUUUGCUUAUUAAUACUGAAUGUCAGAAAAGGAAAUGAUGAUCUAUGCACAGAUAUGUUUACAGAAAGAAUAAGUGCAAUUUGUGUUUGAUGCUCGAACACUGGUGAAAAAAGAUGCUAGUUUGUUGAGCUGUAAAAAAAAAAAAAAAAAAAAAACUUUUGAGUAAUUCAGCAAAGCAAAAGUAAUGUAUCAUGUAAGCCAUGAGAAGCCUGUGCAAUGACUUGUCCUGCAGGUAACAAAUGUCACCAGAUGGUGUCAGUGAUGAGAGACUUCCUUGGCAUGUAAUGACCUGCGCAGUUUUGCACUAUGAUAAUAUUUGAAUGGAUAAUAAUUGAUUAAAGUAAAGUGCCCCUCUCA